AUUCACUUGACCAAACACGGAACUUGAGGGAACCGUCCAAGCGUGACAAGUUCCCCUUUUUGCCAUAAUCCGUAAUUCAUCGCUACUUGUGUUUACUUUACACGCAUUUAGUUAUACAUAGUUACACAAUAUACAGCUAUUUUUUUUCCCCGGCGAUUUUCAUUGCUAAGUUUAAUAAUCUUUGAAGGGACUGGAACCCACCCAUCAGUGCUGCGGAAAUACAGCAAGUGCGUAACAAAUCUAAGAAACAGGAAACGUCUUGAUCUCGUGGGAUCUUGUGUUACAAGAAGACGCGAACAGACACUGUGGUUGUCAUUUCUAUUACUUCAAAGCACCGAAGGCAAUGGCAAGCGCACCUCCAAUGGAGACAACAACACUUGUGGGCCACCCACCACCACCCACCUAUGAGGAGACAAUAGGUACAAGCCCACACUACCCACCAGGAGGACCGAUGCUCUAUCCUCAAGCUGAUGCAAAAGCAUCUCUGCCUCCAUAUCCAAUGCAAGCCUACGGCCAGAUGUAUCCACCACCCCCACAAGCUCAACCUGUCACCACCAGUCCUGUUGUGGCUGUGCAGACUGUAUACAUGCAGCCUGGUCUGGUGUUUGGAGAUGUUGCGGUGCAGGCACAUUGCCCAGUAUGCACUCAGAAUGUGGUAACUCGCCUGGAGUAUUCAUCAGGAGCGUUAGCCUGGCUCUCUUGUGCAGGCCUGGCCAUUUUUGGUUGUAUCUAUGGGUGUUGCCUGAUUCCCUUCUGUGUGGACAGUUUGAAGGAUGUGACACACCACUGUCCAAACUGCAACAGUGUUUUAGGAGUCCACAAGAGAAUCUAAAGCAGUUGUAUGAAGUAGUUGCUGAGCAGCUGUGUAUAUACCUGCUCUCAAUUUUUUUUAUUGAAUGAAAAACUUUACACUGACUUAACCCUAAUACAUAUAGGCAUAUGUAUACAUUCAUAUAUAUUCAUACAUAUAGUAUACACAUAUUUAUGUCUUAAAUAAGGGUCUGAAUGUAUACUAACUGAUUUUCAUGAAGGGCUAGAUUUAAUCUGUUUUGAUUAUUUAAUCACAUUGUAAUAUUUUCACACAUUCUCAUUUGUAAUAAGAACGUCUGUAAGACAAAUAGUUUAUGCAUAAUUAUUGCUGUUUAGAAAUUAUAACCUUCUCUUUAUACUGUUACCAGCUUGUUCUCUUAGUUAAAACACCAAAAGUGCAUAUUUCAUUUAAUUUCAACUUGCUCAAAUAUUGUGAAGGCGCAUGGUGCUGCAUCAAAAUGAAUAAAAGUCAUUAUCAGUCUCAUGAACCAAACAACAAAAAAAAUGUAUGGUAAUGUUUGCUG